AUGAAAAUAUCAAAAGUAAUAAUUUUUUUGAAUGCAUAUUACUUUUUUGAUUAUUUGCAUGAAUUAACAAAAAAUAAUGCAGAUUUAUUUUAUGCUUUUAGUAAAUGCUUUAAAUUAGAGAUAAUAGAUAAGAAUAAUGAAAAGAGUAAUGAAAUAAAUGAACAUAUUUUGGAGAACCUAAGGGAUAGAAAACAUAUAGGAGAUAUUAGCCAAUAUAGCGCUUUGGACACCGAUAUUAAUACCAUUGUUUAUGAUACAAAAAACAAUGAAAUAAAAAAUUGGGCAAUAAAAAGACGGAUUUUACAAGACGGUGAUUGUAAUUUAGAUUGUGGUACUAAUGGUUUUUGUGUAAAUGAAUUUGGAAUAGAAUAUUGUUCUUGUGCGGAAGGUUACUCAACUGAUAUUAAUAAUAUGUUUAAGUGUGAAGAAAAUUGUAAAAUAAAUAAUGGAGGGUGUGAUCCCAAUGCAGAGUGCAUAAAACUCGAUGAAAAGGGCGAAGAGGAAAAUAAUGUCAUAAAAGGUGUGAGGGUCUUAUGCAAAUGCAAAAAUCAUAAUGAGAAAUAUGGUGGUUAUUAUUGUCCCGAUAUUGAACAAUUGCAUGUUGCAGAAUGA